AUGGAUGAUCAAGCAUGUCCCCGUUGUAAAACAACGAAAUACAGAAAUCCAUCACUAAAGUUGAUGGUAAACAUUUGUGGCCAUGCUUUAUGCGAAAGUUGUGUUGAUUUAUUGUUUUUAAAAGGAUCUGGUUCUUGUCCUGACUGCAAUGUUCCGUUACGUCGUAGUAAUUUUCGUGUACAGCUUUUCGAAGAUUCCAUGGUGGAAAAAGAAAUGGAUAUAAGAAAACGUGUUCUUAAAGAUUUCAACAAAAAAGAGGAGGAUUUCGCAACACUCAGAGAAUAUAACGAUUAUUUAGAAGAAAUAGAAGUUAUAAUAUAUAAUUUAGUCAAUAACAUAGAUGUUGUCGGAACAAACAAAAGGAUAGAACAAUAUAAAAAGGAUAAUAAAGAACUUAUUAUGAAAAACAAAGCCAAGAUCGGUAGGGAAGAAAUAGAAUUAGAGGAAAUAUUAGAGAAUGAAAAACAAAUGGAGGAAUUUAGACGACAGGAAAUAGCUAAAAUGGAGGAUGAGGCAAAAAAACAGAAAAUAAGGGAAAAAGAGGCUCUGAUAGAUGAAUUAAUGUUUGCCGAUGGUGAUGCUAAAGAUAUAUUGAACACAUUCGCACAAACAGUGGCAAAUAAACAAGAAGAAGUUGUACCGCUGCUACCUAAAGUGACACAAUUUUCAUCGGGUGUGAAAUUCACAAGAGGUUCAAGCCAAGCAUUACCUAUAAUAGAAGAAGGGCCUCUUUAUAAAUAUGAACCGUUAGAAAUACCUGAUAGAUGUGGACCCGACCCUCCCUCGUUAGAAGAGAUCAUGAAAAAUGGUUUUCUGCAUCAUGUUAGAGCAGAGAACGAGACAGAGAAAGCAGGUGGCUAUACAUCUACUCUACCAUGUUUGAGAGCACUACAAGAUGCUCUGUCAGGCCUCUACCAUGCUAGCUGA